GCAGUGGCGUCAGCACGCUGCCAAAACAUGCAGUUCAAGUUAUUCGUCAUGUGUGGAACGAGCAGGGCAAAGCCAUUGCUGUGUCAGAAGAUGCAGGAAAUAUGGCCACAGUGGGGCAGUUUGUAGAUAUGAAAUGGAAACUGGGAGUGGCGAUGAGCUCUGAUACCUGCAGGUCUCUGAAGUACCCGUAUGUCACAGUGACGCUGACAGUGGCAGACCCUUCAGGACAAAUAACAGACAAGUCUUUUGAAAUGACAAUCCCACAGUUCAAGAACUUCUUCAGACAGUUUAAGGAAAUGGCAUCUGUUCUUGAAACAGUUUGAAGGGAACUUUUAUUUCCAGUGACGUAUUGGAGGAAGAUCAAGUAAACUUUCCGUUCUGCAUAAGGAAUAAAGUAUCAUUGUUCAGCAAGCUGGAGCCUUAAAAAUGACUUCCUAUGUGUUCUGAUGGACAUAAAUUCUUCAUAUAGUUGGAAAUACUUGUGCCUUCAUUGGAACUGCAUGGAAAAGAAGAUUUAAUUAAUCAUGUCUUAACAAUUCAGUAGAUGUUGGAAGGUAAUGAGGAAACUCCCAGCUAGCAUUUUUGCUUGCUCUGUCAGCAAGAGGAGAAAGUUGUCAGCCUUUGUAAAGACUUUUGUCAAGUCAGAUAUUCUACAAGUAUUGAUGGAUAUUUUUUUAAAUGUCCCUGAACUCCAGCAUGUUGUAAUUCUGCUGGAAGAUGCUUGGACAUAUAUACUAUACCAAUUUACCGUCAUGAGAAUUUUCAGAGGAGUUAUGAUUUAAAGUUGGCUAUGUACUCAGACUUUUGAAAUGUAUUGAAAUGCUUUGAAAUGAUCCUGAUCACUAUCAGCAGGAAUUCCUCUACUGAGUAAUGGAAGAAUUCAGAAUUUUAUUUAAAGGAAACCAAACAAAAAAUGUAACAGUUCUAAGGACAGCAAUACUAAUAUGUCCAAACAAGCUGGUGAUUUGUCUAUAUGUGCAGAAACCAGAUCUUUUUAAAGCGAAUUGGGAGGCCUUGUGUGUUCCUAAUUCUAAUUGUUGAUUAAUAGAAAUUGUAUAACAUGAAUAUUUUUCUAAGUCCACAUACAGUCAUUAAACAUGUAGGUAACAAAGACAAAGCUGAUCUGUGUUUUGUUUUAAGCCUACUGCAUGGAAGUCUGUCUUGUAAAUACUGCAAUGAGUAAAGUUCAGAACUAGA